AAAACUAACGAGACGAAGUCGCUCAAUUGAACUAGUUCAUGCUGCUUCUGUUCUGUUCUGUCUCAACAACUUCACUUCUUUGACCAUUUUUUCCCUGAGAUUUUAGCAGACUGAAUCAGAAGAGACCAAUGUCUGAAGUUGUUGCUUCUGCUCCCGGUAAGGUGUUGAUCACUGGGGGUUACCUUAUCUUAGAAAGACCCAAUGCAGGGAUUGUACUCAGCACUAAUGCUCGAUUUUACGCCAUUGUUAAGCCUCUUACUGAUGAACUUAAACCCGAUAGCUGGGCCUGGGCAUGGACUGAUGUCAAAUUAACUUCUCCGCAACUUUCUAGGGAAACCGCUUACAAAUUGUCACUCAAGAAUUCGACUCUUCAGUGUGUUUCUUCAACUGAAUCGAGGAACCCUUUUGUGGAACUAGCUGUGCAAUAUGCUGUCGCAGCUGCUCAUGCUACACUUGAUAAAGAUAAGCAGGAUUCGUUAAACAAGUUACUCUUGCAAGGUCUCGAUAUUACGAUUUUAGGUUGCAAUGACUUCUACUCUUACCGAAACCAGAUUGAAGCUCGUGGACUCCCUCUGACACCAGAAACAUUGGCUACACUUCCUCCUUUUGCCUCAAUCACCUUCAACGCAGUGGAAGGAAAUGGAGAAAACUGCAAACCUGAGGUAGCUAAAACUGGAUUGGGUUCAUCGGCAGCAAUGACCACUGCUGUGGUUGCUGCUUUACUUCAUUACCUUGGAGUGGUUGAUCUUUCAACCCUUUGCAGAGAUAAGGAAUCCCAUGAUCUUGAUGUCGUCCAUAUUAUCGCUCAAACUGCCCACUGUAUUGCCCAAGGAAAAGUUGGCAGUGGUUUUGAUGUCAGUUCUGCAGUUUAUGGCAGUCAUCGCUAUGUCCGCUUUUCACCAGAAGUGCUUUCCUCUUCUCAGGAUGCUACUAGAGGAGUGCCAUUACCAGAUAUUAUCGGUGGCAUACUAAAGGGAAACUGGGACCAUGAAAGGGCUAUCGUCUCUUUGCCACCACUGAUGAGCCUGUUACUAGGAGAACCGGGAACAGGGGGCUCCUCCACACCAUCAAUGGUAGGUGCUGUAAAGAGAUGGCAGAAAUCUGACCCUAUAAAUUCCCAAGAAACAUGGAGAAAGUUGUCGGAGGCAAAUUCAGCACUAGAAACACAAUUCAAAGUUUUAAGCAAGCUUGCAGAAGAACAUUGGGAGGCAUAUAAAUGCACGAUAGACAGCUGUAGCAUGCGAAAACCAGAGAAGUGGAUUGAGGUGGUAACUCAACCCAGCCAAGAAGCAGUUGUCAAAGCGCUACUAGGAGCAAGAGAUGCCAUGCUUCAAAUCAGACACCAUAUGCGCUACAUGGGUGAGGCAGCAGGUGUCCCAAUAGAGCCGGAAUCACAGACACAACUUUUAGACGCUACAAUGGAAAUGGAGGGAGUUGUAAUGGGUGGAGUUCCUGGAGCAGGUGGUUUCGACGCAGUGUUUGCUAUUACGCUGGGGAACUCUAGCAGUAUGGUAACGAAAAUGUGGAGUGAGCGCAAUGUUCUAGCAUUGUUGGUUAGAGAAGAUCCUAAUGGCGUUUGUUUAGAAAGCGGUGAUCCCAGAAUUAAGAAAAUUGCAGCAGAUGUUUCUGCACUUCACAUUUAACUUGCAGUUGAUAAAACUAGACCCACGGUAGCGGUGUCAUUUCUUAAAUGGGACUCUGCUUUUUUUUUCUUCUGCUUUUAUGCAUUCAUUUUGUUGAAGAAAACAUUAACGGAAGAAUUAUACUGAUCAUUUGAUCACCUUCAAUAAAAGUAUACUUUGUAUUGGUCA